GCCCCUUCCGGUGGGCUCGGCCAAUGAGUGGCGCCGCGCCCGGAGAAGACGGUUAACUUACGGGAGGGCUGUCAUGGCGGCAGCGAUGGUGCCCGCGACCCUGUUGCUCCUGCUCUGCGUUGUUGCCGGCCCCGGGCGAUGCUGGGACCAGCCGGGGAGGAUCCUGCUGCGGGAGGUGCAGGCGCUCACCCUCCGCAGAGGUCAGUACACCACAGCCCGGCGGACAGCUGCAGUCCCUCAGCUACAGUGCACGGGAGGCUCUGCCGGGUGUUCCCGCGUCCCCGAGGUUGUUCAGUGUUACAACAAAGGUUGGGAUGGCUAUGAUGUGCAGUGGCAGUGCAAAGCAGACUUGGAAAAUGCCUACCGUUUUGGACAGAUCGAAGUGAGCUGUGAAGGCUACGAUUAUCCAGAUGAUCCCUACAUCUUAAGAGGCUCUUGUAGUUUGCUGUUCAGGCUAGAGUUGACUGAGGAAGGCGAAAGGAAAGUCAAGAACUCUGGAAGCUUUGGUUCUGGCUAUUAUCAGUCAAGGAAGGAUUCUCCUGAUUCUGGCGCUGGAGCGAUUGUUGUAAUUGUUCUUCUGGUUCUUGCUUUUGGAGUAUACAAGCUCUUCCUUGGUAACCAGCAGCCUCAGCAGAGUUUUGGUGACAGUGGUGGAUUCACUGGACCUUCCUGGCAGAGUCAGCAGGCACCUCCGCCUCCUGGUUUUAAGCCUGGCUUCACAGAAGACAACAGCUUUGGGACUCGUUCCAGUCAUGGACCCAAUUCAGGACCAGGAUUUUGGACUGGAUUAGGAGCAGGAGGCUUGCUAGGCUACUUGGCUGGCAGUCACAGAGCACAGCCACAUUCCCCAUAUUACAGUACGUGGACAGAUCCCACAGCUGUACCUCCAAUGAAUGGGCAGCCAAGCAAUUCCACACAAGGCAGCAGUUCAGGAACAAGAACUGCUUCUGGCUUUGGGGGCACAAAACGAAGAUGAAAUCCUUGAUGUUAUUACAUUUGAGUGAUUGAACUAAAUCUUCCUGUGUGAUAGCACUUUUCUUAGUAGUAAUAGGCUUCUGAAGUGGACGUGAGGUGUGAAGGACUAGGCAAAAAAUUCCUUUCUUUCCCUGAAGAAAUGUGGAUUCUCCCUUUGUUUAGGGUGUUACAGGUGCUGGAACAUCUACUGUUUCACAACAGCAGCUUCUCAUAAUAAUUUUCAAAAUAAAUUCAUCCAAGUUAAGAAGAA